AUGGAGAGCUUUGCCCUGCUGUCCAUUUCAGGAGCCCCCGCGCCCGGCAGCGCCAGGAGCAGCACCCCGGAGCCCCCGUGCCCCCCCGGCCCGCCAGGCUGCGCGCCGGGGGAUCUGCCGGGCGGCGAGCUGCCCGCUCGCGACUGCGCCGUCUACCGGCCCUGGUUCUCGCCCUACAGCUACUUCGUGUGCACCAAGGCGGCCGCCCGGCACGACGCCGGCGGCCGCCCCGCCAGCCUGGCUGGCAGUGCCCAGGAGCCCGACGAGCCCGACGACCUCUCGGAGACUGUCUGCUCCUCGUGCUCGCCCGACGAGCUGCGGCCCCCCGAGGGCGCCCAGCCGGCUCGCCCCGCGGCGGGAGCCUGGUGCGGCAUCACGGUGUGGGACCUGCUGGAGGCCUCCCGCUGGCAGCUGGCGCCCCGGGACGGCUACAAGUGCGUGGCGUGCUGCCGCGUCUUCCCCACGCUGUGCUCGCUCAAGACCCACGUGCGGCACGGCGCCCGCGAGGGCUUCAGCUGCAAGGUGUACUACCGCAGGCUCAAGGCGCUGUGGGAGAGGGAGCGCGAGGCGCACGAGGCCUCGGACGCCACGGCCCCCCUCUGA